CCUUGCCUACUUUAAAUUCCGCUCCCGGAAAGUAUUCUUAGGCAUUAUCAUACACUUCGGAACUCUUCAUCUUAUUAUUCUCCAGAAACCCUCGCAAAACCUCAUAAAUCGCGUUGCCGCCGAAAGUCUCCGAGUCGGUCAAACUCUCCACCUCUCUACCGACGGCAACUCUUCACAAUCUCGCCGGACAUCUAUAUAACUACCACCCUACCUGCCACUGUCUCCCACUUAUCAUUUCAGCACAGAGAAUAAUUAGAGACAACACCGAAUACCAAUCAACACCAUGUCCAAAAUCCCGCCCAUGAUGCGCGCCAUCGCUCUCACGAAGUUUUGCAACCCCUCAGAAUAUAAUCUUGCUACGCUCCCAGUGCCAAAGAUUACGAAGCCCGAUGAGCUGCUUAUUAGAGUGAGAGCUGCGUCGGUGAACCCGAUUGAUGUGAAGAUGGCGAGCUCGAUCGGGAAGAUGGUCGGGGGAACGUUCCCUUCAAAGAUAGGCUACGAUCUCGCUGGGGAAGUUGUUGAAAUCGGCUCUUCGGUCUCAACGUUCAAGAAGGGAGAUGAGGUCUAUUCGCGAGUCGGCAGCGAGAAUAAGGGGACGCUCGCCGAGUACUGUCUCUCUACCGUGUCAACCACCGCCUUGAAACCCGCAUCCCUCUCCUUCGCUGAAGCAGCAGCUAUCCCGCUCGCAGCACAGACUGCUCUCCAAGCGCUAGACGUCGGAGAAGAGCGAGUAGCAGGCGGGCUAAAAGGAAAGGUCAUCUACGUCCCAGCUGGACUGAGCGGGACCGGGAGUUUCGCCGUGCAGCUCGCGAAGAACGUUUUCGGUGCCAAGAGCGUGGUUACUUCUCUCUCGCCGGGGAAGUUCAAGUUGAUUGGCGAGUUGAUGGGAGAGGGGACUCCAGACGUGAUUGUGGAUUACACAAAACAGAAGACGGUGGAUGUCACGGGGAAGCGGGAGGUGGAUUUCAUGUUUGAUACUGUUGGGGAGACGUUUAAGGGGUUGGGGGUUAUGAAGAAGGGGGGCGCGAUUGUGAGUAUUAGUAUGGGGCCGAAUGGGACGGAUUUUAAGAAGAAGAAUCCGGGGGUGCCGUCGUAUAUUGCGUGGAUUUUGAAUGUGGUGGAUUGGGUGCUGAGGACAUAUACGGGGUGGUACGGGGUCGAGUAUAAGGCGCUUGUUUUGGAGGGGAAUGCAAAUGAUUUAGAGAGAUUGAGGGGCUGGGUGGAGGAGGGGAAGGUGAAGCCUAUUGUGGGGAGUGUGGUGAAGUUGAGUGAUAUGGAGGGGGUGAGGAAAGGGUGUCAGCAGAUUAUGGAUGGGAAAGGAGGCGUGGGGAAGUUUGUGGUUGAGAUUGACUGACCUCACGAUUCCCAUUUGUAUUGUACAGUACACUGCGAGUGUCGUUAACUGUUUCUUUUCCCAGAAUAGUUCAAGAUAGUAAGUACAGAGUGCAGGAUUCGGGAUUUUCAGCAGCCCUACGGGUACUUG